AGCCGAAGGGAGAAAUGAAACAAAAACGAUAACUCGAGAGCGAGUGACCCCACUGUUUUUAACCUUUCCUUUUUGUAUUUUCUCGAGAAAAAUCUCUCUCCUAACCUACGCUCCUCCUACCUCUCUAUCUCUCUAUCUCUCUCUUAAACUGGCUUAAAUUUGAACUUCUUUUCUAUGUACAGUGUAUACACGCAUAUCCGUGUCUGCCAAUUAUUUAUUACUCACUACAUUGUAGUAAUAUUGAUUCGUUCGGAUCUCUUCGACGGUUCUGCUACUCCCUACUCUCAACUUGUUUGGUUCCUCAUGGGGUCUUGAUUGAAUCCUUGUCUGGAGGAGAUUUUGUUGCGCUCGGAUCUAUCGUCAUUUUGAUAUCGGCUUACUUCAUCUGUGAACGCUGCUCUUUGGAGGAUUCAACUCCUGAUAGCUUCCUUGACUGGUUCAUUUCAAAUAAUUGAUAGUAGUAUGGCAUCCGGGAAUCCAUUCUUUGACGAAAUGCGGAUCAAACCUGAAGUCAUUGAUCGUCCUCAAAAUGAAGCUAUGAUGGAUGUCACUGAGAAUGUGACUGAUCCUGCUCAACAUAUUCUGAAACCCAAUGUGGCAGCAUCUAGCAGUGUCCGUGAGCUGUUGGAAUGUCCUGUGUGUUUAAAUGCAAUGUAUCCGCCAAUUCAUCAGUGUUUAAAUGGUCAUACGUUGUGUUCUGGUUGCAAACCCAGGGUGCACAAUAGGUGCCCCACUUGCAGGCAUGAGCUUGGUAAUAUCAGAUGUCUUGCACUGGAGAAGGUGGCUGCAUCUCUUGAGCUUCCGUGUAAAUUUCAGAAUUUUGGGUGCAUGGGCAUAUAUCCAUACUAUAACAAGUUAAAACAUGAAUCUCAAUGUGCUCAUAGACCCUACAAUUGCCCCUACGCUGGAUCAGAAUGCACUGUCGUUGGUGAUAUUCCUUAUCUAGUGGCCCAUUUGAAAGAUGAUCACAAAGUUGACAUGCACAACGGCAGUACUUUUAACCACCGAUAUGUCAAAACAAACCCGCAUGAGGUUGAGAAUGCCACAUGGAUGCUGACGGUUUUGAGUUGCUUUGGUAAGUACUUUUGCCUGCAUUUUGAAGCCUUCCAACUUGGGAUGGCUCCUGUCUAUAUAGCAUUUUUGCGGUUUAUGGGUGAUGACAAUGAAGCGAAAAAUUACAACUACAGUCUUGAGGUUGGUGGAAAUGGCAGGAAGAUGAUUUGGCAGGGGGUCCCUAGGAGCAUAAGAGACAGUCACCGGAAGGUUCGUGACAGUUUUGAUGGUCUUAUCAUCCAACGCAACAUGGCCUUGUUCUUUUCUGGUGGAGACCGGAAGGAAUUGAAGCUUAGGGUGAGUGGUAGGAUUUGGAAAGAACAGUGAUUAGUUUCUUCUUUCUCAACUACUUGAGGGCAAGUAGUAGGGUCUAUUUUGUAGCAUAGUCUUCUUAUCAUGUAUUUUUUGAGGGUAGAAGGGCAAACUCUCUUUGCUUGUCCAUCCAUCAAAUGCAUGAGUUGGAAGAUGCGAUUCUUAAGCCUCAAUUUAUAUGAUGCCAUCUAUAGAGAUCUAGAUGUGGUAUGUUGCACUGCCAUUUUAACUAUGUCUAUAUUCAUUUGCCUGGAUCAUUUUUUUGUCAAGUCCAUUCUUUCACUUCAAUUUUCUGUCUCAUCAGAUGUGUAGUGGAAAAACUAUCAACAAACUUGCCAAAUAUAAACUGUUGAACAUGAUUUCUA